UGAUUAAAUUGUCAAGUUGUCAACCACUUGUCAACUCAGAAUUAAACUCGCACUUCUACUUACUUCGUUCAUAAAAAUUAAAAACAUCGAAUGUUUACAGACUUACUCGAAAUAAAUGUAACUAGGUAUUAAAUACAAAAUACAAUAAUGAAAGACUUAAAAAAUACCGAAGCCGAACGAUUGAAUCCAUGCCUAAAGGAACAGCAGCAAUCAUAUGAAUGUUUAAAUAAAAAUGGUUAUGUUCAAGAAAAAUGCGAAACCUAUUUUGAUAAUUACAAUACAUGUAAAAAGUUUUGGGGUAAAGUGUUCAAAGAUAGGCGAGCUCGUGGUUUGACUCCCUACUUGCCUGAUGUUGCUGAUAGAGAAACUGUUAAAGCAGAGUAUUUAGGAAAAAUGAAAGAUAGAGCAUUUUAAAGAGUAAAUAAUUGAUAAUGUAGAUAUACAAUGAAUAUCUACUAUAUAAAAAAAUAAAACCUUAGCAAUGUUGAACUUAUACACUCAAAGUUCAACAAACUAAAACAUAUAAAAUAGGUUUUUUAAAAUUUUGACACCACUUCUACAUACUUGAUGUGUAUAAAAAAUAGGUAGAAAAAUAUUUUUAAUAAUUAAAAAUCUAGAAUAAUAUUUAUUUAUCUAAUUAUCCUUUCUCAGAAAAAAAUAGACUAUUAAAAUAAUGGAUAUUAUUUUAUUUUUGUAUAAAGUUAUAACAUUUUAUUUAUGUACUAGCAACCCGCCUCUUAUUAUAGUUAUUUAUAUUAUAUGAAACUUGGUCUGAAAUGAAUAAAAUAGUUAACAAUACUCAGUAGAAGCACAUUAAAAUUUUGUUGCAUUUUU